CCGUGGCCAUCUCCUGCUUGCAUCCUCAGUGCUAAGACAUAUCGUAAGGGGGAUUAGCGGAGAUUUACUUGUUAAUCCUUCCAACUCUUGAAUAACUUCACGAAAAGAAGUUCUUCAAAGUAUGCGAUCAGUAUCCGCCGAUAAACAACUUCUUCGAGGUGAUUGGUUCAAAUAUUUUACAUAGUGAUAUCAAUUUCACCGUACUUGAAAUACUGUGAGUUAUCCUUGAAGAGGAUUGCUGAGUUACUGCAACGGAGAUUAAAGUAUCAAGGAUAAGAUUUUUUGGUGAUUGGCGAUGUAUCACUCUAGUGCUCCUUACUUUAACAGCAGAGCUGCUGGCUACACAGCAGGUUCAGGCCGAUUAAAUGAAUAUUCCGCAAAACCAGCUUCCUCGACGUCUUCGGUGUAUUCCUAUAAACCGAGUUCUGCCUCAACUCAACCCGGCAGCUCCACUAUUGAAAGUUCGACCGGCUCAAGAUCACCGUCAGUGAGCUACAUUACAACAGGGGCCAGCCGAUUGAGUGGGGAACUUUCUUCAGUUCAUCGGGAUGCAGAACCCUCUAGAGGGUAUACCGGAUCAGAAAGGAGUUAUGACAAUAUCAGAGCAGCAGACGUCUCAGGAAAGCCAGUUGUUUUUUGUUGAGUAACACUUCUCAACCGAAUACAGCCACUUACACUGGGAGUUCUACUCGCCCAGUCGCAAGUACUGUCAGAGCUGCUGCAUCGUAUGGAUCAGGGAGAGCAUCUGAUUUCGGCCAGCCCACUGGAUCAUUUUCAAGACUGACAACUCGGCCCUCAUAUACCCUUAGUUAUCCUCUCAAACCGCACCCAUUCACGGUCAAUUCUACAGGUUCAACAGGCGGUUCAGCGCAUUUCAGCACUGCUAGUUCUGGCGUUGGGUCAACUAGUGUCCGCGAUACUCUUUCUACUCACGGAACUCCGAAAUUUACUGCAGGUUAUGGACCAGAGAGGGUGUCUGAUGCUAACCAGCCCACAGGAGCACCAAGGACAUCGUCUUAUACCGUGCCAGCACGAACAUAUGGUAAUACAAGGCCAACAGAAAGCAGAUCUGCCAGAUAUCAUUCCUCCUAUCCGACAAGUUCAAGCCGACUAAUUACGAGUUCUAGCCGACCAAUCACUUGUUAUGACCGACCAGUCAUGAGUUCUAGCCGACCAGAAACGAGUACAAGCCGACCAAUCACUAGCUAUACCCGACCAGUCACCAGUUCAAGCCGACAAAUCACGAGGUCCAGCCAACCAGUCACGAGUUCAACCCGAGCAGUCAGCUCUACAAAUUCAACUGGCGCUCGUACUGUAUCAUCAGCUGAUGGAAAUGCGAGGGAUGAGGCCGAACGUGUAAGGUGUGGCAGGCUAGGUGACGGAGUCAGUGGUCGCGCAAUAGUGAUCUCUGAUAGAGAGUUCCGAAACAAUAGCAAGGCUCUGGCGAUAUCCAAUCACCAACAACAUGGUACCGCUGAGCAACUGACAACAAAGGAUAUAGACCUGCACAAGGACGAGAAUCGAAGUAACCACCACACUGACAAAUACGAACACUCAAACUUGAUUGCGAGGAGAGGGCAGGAUUUUGACGUCACAGUGAUAUUCAACAGGCCUUAUGAUGCCUCUAAAGAUACAGUAACCUUGCAAUUUGCGGUCGGAUACCGACCGCAAGAAAGUAAAGGAACCAUUAUCAGGGUGCCAGUGAGUCUGACCAGAGAAUUUGUGCACGGGGCAUGGUCAGCAAAGAUCGCACAGACCAAUCAAGAAAGGGUGCGCCUUCAAAUAACCUCGCCACCUGACGCUGUCGUGGGUAGAUACCACCUUUAUGUAGAAACCAAGACCAGUGUGCCGGGUGUAGAAAAAGAAACAGAUUUUCGUUAUCAGCAUCCGGAGGAAAUCAUUAUGUUGUUUAACCCAUGGUGUAAAGAUGACACUGUGUGUCUGGACCAAGAAACCUCGCGCGAGGAAUACGUGCUUAAUGACAGUGGGCUCAUAUGGGUGGGAACCGCCAAGAAGAACUGUGGGAUGCCAUGGAACUUUGGCCAGUUUGAGGAUGUGUCACUGAACACGUGUUUGUGGCUUCUGGAAAGAGGACAGCUCGGAACAGCUGCGCGUGCAAAUCCUGUCAGAGUCACGCGCUGCAUCUCUGCCAUGGCAAACUUUAAUGAUAAAGACGGUGGUGUUCUUUAUGGCCGCUGGGAUAACGACUAUCCCAAAGACACGACUGCUCCGACAGCAUGGUCCGGCAGUGUCGCCAUCCUAGAAAAGUUCUGGCAGAAGAAGAAUGUUGUCAAGUUUGCUCAGUGUUGGGUCUUUUCAGGACUCGUUACAACAUUGUUGCGGGCAAUAGGCAUACCGACGCGAUCAGUAACAAACUUCGCCUCAGCGCAUGACUCAGACGCCAGCAUGACUGUUGACUUCCAUUUUGACCAAGACGGCAAGCCACUAAAGGAAAUGGACGAUUCUGUUUGGAAUUUCCAUGUGUGGAACGAGUCAUGGUUCAAGCGUCCUGAUUUACCAGAUGGACAUGAUGGAUGGCAGGCGCAUGAUGCCACACCCCAAGAGACAAGCUUUGGAGUGUUUCGCUGUGGUCCUGCCUCAGUGAAGGCUAUCAAACAAGGUGAAGUGUAUUUACCAUUCGACACGUCCUUUGUGUUCGCUGAGGUAAAUGGCGACCGCGUGUUUUGGGAAGUUGCAGAGAGAGGAUCCAUGAAGGUAAUAAGAGUGGACAAGAAGUGCAUUGGAAAGAUGAUAAGCACCAAAGCUGAGGGCAGCGAUGAUAGGGAUGAUAUCACUCACCAAUAUAAACAUCCUGAAGGCUCUGUCCAGGAACGCCGAGCUGUGGAGAUGGCCUACAAGUACAGCAGCCGCAAGGAUCAAGCCAUUUAUGGACUCCCGACAGAGGACGUGAAGUUCUCAUUCGAAUUGCCGGAUGAUGUACCCAUAGGAAAGGACGUAAGUGUGUCACUGAAGAUGAAAAACACCAAUUACAAAAGUCGGGCAGUCAGGGGAAAGAUCACUGCAAUGAUUGGAUUCUACACAGGAAUUCCUUCCAAGGAUUUGAAAGAGGAAGACUUUGAGAUCACUUUAGACCCGUGGGAAGAGAGGAGCUUUGUCUUGGAUAUUCCUGCGGCUCUGUAUCUUGACAAAUGUAAAGCCGAUGGAGGUCUGAAGAUCUAUGUCAAAGCAACAGUGAAAGAGAGUGAGCAGAGGUUUGCUUCGUAUGACACAAUUGAUUUUCAGAAGCCCCGCAUAAACAUGGAGAUCACUCGUGGCGAGGCCUUAGUAGGCCAAGACUUUGAGGUCAAAGUGUCUUUUGUAAAUCCUUUGCCUGUCAGAGUCAGUGGAGGACAGUGGUACAUCGAGACAUCGGGUGCCAACCCAAAAUCAAAAACAAUUCCUAAUUCUGCAAUUGUGCCAGAAGGAAAGGAAGUUGUAACAAAUUUCAAACUGACGCCUUACCGCGUGGGAGUGUGCCGAGUAUCUGUUACCUUUAGGGCUGACAUGCUCAGUGGAGUCUAUGGGAUGAGUGGUGUACGCGUUAGACAAUAAGCAAACCAAUAACGUAACACAUAGGUGCAAAAUGUUGUGAACUUAGCUUCAACAACAUGGAGAUGUGACUCAUUAAAAAAACCUGCCGCACAAGCCAGUUAGAUGUCAAGAAUGAAGAGCUAUUUAACCUUUCGGCGACUUAAAGGGAUCUAAGACUAGCUAAGUUUUUUUUCUAAAACGAUGCAAUGCCAAAAUUUUGAGAAGGCAAAUUUCCUAUUAGUUAUAGAAGAGGCAAGAGGAAGAUUAGACAUACAGAUCAAACUUUAAAUCGAGUGAGUUGAGGGAAUCAACAUGAGUCCAACAUUUAUGGUUAAUAAAAGCUAGAAAUGUUUUUGGAUUUAAAUCAGAAGUUAAAGUAAACAGUUUAUGGUUUUUGCACGCUAUUCGAAGCUAAGUGUAUCCGAACGGAAGUCAGAUAUUUCUGCAUUAGUGUAAAUAAAUGAAAUAAAGGGAAAAUAAAUAGGUUAUUUGGGAACGAA